CCAAAAGUUUAUUCUUACUUGAGUGACAAGGUAAACGGCACGUGGGCCUUGCCGGGCUUCGUCUGUGACUUUUACAUCGCAAUGGAUGUAACCUGCUCAACUUGUUCCAUUUUUAAUUUAGUCGCCAUUUCUAUAGAUAGAUACAUAGCGGUAACGCAGCCAAUCAAAUACGCAAAACACAAGAACAACCGCCGCAUAUGGCUGACGAUAGCCUUGGUCUGGGUGAUAUCGGCGGCAAUCGGAUCACCGAUAGUUCUCGGGCUGAACAACACUCCCGACAGGAUACCUGACGCUUGCUUGUUCUACAACAGCGACUUCAUAAUCUACUCGAGCCUGUCGUCGUUCUACAUUCCCUGUAUUAUAAUGGUGUUCCUUUAUUAUAAUAUAUUUAAGGCAUUGCGGAGGAGGGCGAUGCAGCAGCGGGCGAAUCGAAAACCUCAACCCGCCGAAAUCAAACCCGGAUCUGUGAUAGAAAACCUUGCGAGUACGCGACGCCUGGCUGAAACCACCCUCGGAGCGGGCAACAUCGACGAACCAGCCACCAACACUGGAUCGGGAUCAGCCGAUGAAGACGAUGAUAUCGUCGAGGCCGAGUGUCACGUCAUCUCGAACGAUAAAAGUACCGAAUUCAUCCUGGCAACGGUGGUUGAAGAAGCAGCAAUAUCAAGUGUGGUGGCUAGUCUAGCCACCCCACGUUCACUUGCAGAUCCUAAUGGUAACAACGACUCUGGAUACGCGCAAAGUCAACCUGAUAGCACAGCGCCAGACAGUCCGAGACAGUUUGGGACGCUAAGGAGCUCCUCGAAGAAAAACGGAACGACAUUGGACACCGAAAUGAGGGUCGUGUCGGCGGUCAACUCUCGGACAGCAAGUGUGCGAUCGAUAGGCUCGAAAAAAGAAAAGAAAGCCACCAGCGCCGCCAGAUUUACUAUUUACAAGGUAAACAAGGCGAGUAGGAAAAAACGGGAGAAGUCCUCCGCCAAGAAGGAGCGGAAGGCGACAAAAACGCUCGCGAUCGUCCUAGGGGUGUUCCUGAUCUGCUGGGUGCCGUUCUUCACCUGUAACAUUUUAGACGCGAUGUGCAGCAAACUGAACCUCGAGUGUCAACCGGGCGUUUCGGCGUUCCUGCUCACCACGUGGCUGGGUUACAUGAACAGCUUCGUCAAUCCCAUCAUCUACACGAUAUUCAAUCCUGAAUUCAGGAAAGCGUUCAAGAAAAUUAUGUUCUUGGGCCCGUAAUGGAUCAGGUUUUCCGUAAAGAUCGAAAUCAUUUUCACUGAAAAUUACCUUUAAGUACUUCUGAUUUCAACAAUGUUUAAUAUGAGAGAAUCUCUUAUCUUUCAAUUUUGUUAAAUGAAUCGAAAUGUUUCCCAGUAGUUUUAUUUUGACCGCAAAACUUUCUUUUUUCCGUUGUCGUGGAAGACUCUGGAAAACCCUACAUAUAUUUGCGUGUUUCGAUUCUAUCAAGAAAGGUUUAUAUGUCAACGCAUCGCAAAAAGAAUGACACUUUUUUUCUUUUGAUCUCCUAUAUAUUUAAAUCUGCUAUCUUUCUAAUAUCCAAAAAGCACCUUA